AAAAAUGAUGGGACUAAAUAUGAGCGCGAAAUUUACAACAUUUUAGAAUCAUCACAUGACACAGAUUCAUGGAUGACGAACGUUAGAAUUGGAAAUGGAGAUAAAGGAGUUGAUAUCCUUUCAUAUUACAAAGACAUGUCGUUGAUGGUACAAUGCAAAGAUCAUGCAACGAAAGUGGGCCCUAAAUAUCUGAGAGAAUUGAAUGGAAUAAGGCCCAAUAAUUCCAAUUUGUUGAGAAUAAUGGUUUCGAAAAGCGGUUACACAGCAAACGUAUUGAAAGAAUUGAAAAACAGGAAAAAAUAUAAAAAUAUAAUGUUUACAGAUGGAAAAAAUUUAAUGUCAGAACUUAAGAAUUAUUACAAUAAAUACAAAAAAAAUAUCGAACAAAAAAAUGCGAGAAUGCAUAAGAAAUGCAAAAAGUUAUCUGAAAGUAAUAAAAAACUACAAAAGCAUAACAAAAUUAUUCAGCAAGAGUUAGAUGAAGCUCUUGCUAUUCUGAAUAAACCUAAAAAAGAGAUGGGAACCCAAACCGGUACAUAA